AUGCUGCCCCCACUCCUUGCAGAGGGAGGCGAGGCUGCAGCCAUGAAUGAUGGAUGGAUGCAUUCGACGGACGCGCGCGUUCGACAGACAGUUGUCGCUUCAUACUUCACGCCUUCACGCUAUGAUGAAACGCUAAGGGCGGCCUCGUGA